CUAGCUACGUCGUGUCCGUCGUCCAGACAACGCCGUGUAAACUCCCAGUGCUUUCUGAGGACCAAAACACACUGGCAUGUUGUGACAAGAGAAAUGACUGAAAACAUCAACAUGUCAUCGGGCUGACUGGUUAUGACUGAGUUUCGAAAACGAAACGUUUGAUAUUUGAAGAAAACAAAAAGUUAGAAGAAUCGUACAUAAAGAUCUCUUACAGAGACCCCCGGGAAUAAGACGGAACAACAAUGGGUCUGUUUGAUAAACUAGCUGGCUGGCUGGGCCUGAAGAAGAAGCAAGUCAACGUUCUGUGUCUGGGAUUGGACAACAGCGGUAAGACCACGAUCAUCAACCAACUCAAACCAUCCAAUGCCCAGACACAAGACAUCGUCCCGACCAUUGGCUUCAGCAUCGAGAAGUUCAAGACAUCAAGUCUCUCCUUCACAGUGUUCGACAUGUCUGGCCAAGGGAGAUACAGAAACCUCUGGGAACAUUACUACAAGGAGGGUCAAGCCAUAAUCUUUGUGGUGGACAGUGGAGACAAGUUGAGGAUGGUGGUCGCUAAAGACGAACUGGACACGCUCCUCAACCACCCAGACGUAAAGCACCGACGGAUCCCCCUGCUGUUCUUCGCCAACAAGAUGGACGUGAGAGACGCCCUGUCUUCGGUCAAGGUCUCCCAGCUGCUCUGUCUGGAGAACAUCAAGGACAAGCCCUGGCACAUCUGUGCCAGCGAUGCUGUGAAAGGAGAGGGUUUACUAGAAGGCGUUGAUUGGCUGCAAGAUCAAAUCAGAACGAUGAGAACGUGAGAGGUUGAGAGAACGACGCGACGGGGGGGGGGGGGGGGGG